AUGUUUUUAUCAAGGAUGGUUAAUCAUGCAAUUGAAAUUAUAGCACCACAUAUUAAAUCUAAAGAUGAAGAAUUGCAAGAAGAAUGGAAGUCUAUAAAAAAAUAUUAUGAUAGUAUUUCCACAACAAAAUCUAAAGAGCAAAGUAAGUUGAUUGAUUUAAAUUUAACAAAAAUACCAGUGCAAAGGAAAUGUAUUGAAUUCAUAUUUGAAAAUUAUGUAUUAAGAGAUCUAGUAAAAUACGCUAAAGAUGAUGUUCCGAAAGGAAUGAUCAUUCAAGUACUAAAUUUUUUUACACAUUUCAUACUUAAUGUUCCACCAAAACUUUUAAACACAUCAGAAAUUUCUUCAUACAUACAAAGAUUAAUAUUAAUAUCAUAUGAAUCAGAUAUUGAAGAGGAUAAUUUCCUUAAGCAAGGAUUAGUUAAAUUAAUCCAUAUGAUUUGUAGACAAAUGAUCAUUCAACCUGUAUUAAUUGGAAUUUAUUUUGAACGAUCAAAAGGACCAGAUUUUCCAAUAUUUUCAAUGCUAUUAGAUUAUAUGAAUGUAUUAGGACAAACAGGAAUGGUGUCAAGAGAAGCAUUAUAUUUAAUAAUAAAUAUGUUAAAAGAUGACAAAGAUUUUUCAAAUUAUUUAAUCAAAGAUUCCCAAUUUUUUGAAACAUUGGAAAAGAGAUUAAAAGUAGCAUUCGCAACGUUACCAAAUAAUAAUACAUUGAUGGUAAAUAUAUCAAGUGGUAAUAGGAAUAACUGUCGUACGCCAUCUGAAAUAUUACAAUAUAUUAAUACGUCUAAACCUGAAAUAGCAGUAGAAGAAUUUUUUGAAUUUUGGCAAUUUAUUAAUAAAAUUGCAGGAGUUGAUAAUCAAAUAUUGAUAUCAAAAUUAUCAGAUAGUUUGGUAAAUGAAUUUAUAAAAAGUUCGGUUAUACCAGCAUUAUUAAGUCCAUUAGAUGAACAAGCAACGGCGGCAACAACUUACAUGAUUGAAUUAAUUAAACACAUUAAAGAUCAUCAAAUACUCGAUUCAUUAUUUAGUACACUCUUAGGGCAUUCAUUAGAACCCGAACGAAUUCCUCAGGAAGAAUUACUAGGAGGAAAAAUCACACAAAUUACUUCUAUAAGAGAGAUACUUAUAAAUAGAUGUAGUAACGCAGAAGAUAGAUUAAGCUUAUCUACAUUAAGAUUAUUUGAUAGUAUACUUGAAACUUAUAAUCAAUUCGCAUUAUACAAUCUAGUAUUUAGAAAUUUAUCCUCAUUCAGUAAUGAUAACGUAGCUACAACGAAUAAUGCAAUGAUAUGGAACAAGAAAAGCCCCAGAAUAUUAUUGAGAAAACUAUUAUCAUUAAUGCCAUUGGAUGAUAAUAAAGCAGGAUCGGAUAUGUCGGUAAUAGUAGAAUCAGUCGAUAAGGCGAAUGAUAGCGGGUUUGGAUAUGAAGAUUAUUUUUUGGACGCACAAAGACAAGUUCAAUUGGUCGCAUUAUCUUGUAAUAAUUGGAUCAUUCCGUAUCCUUCUUCACCGGUUGACGAUGAUACGACUUAUUAUGAAGGUACAUUUAUUCAUAUUAUAUUUAAGCAAUUAGAAAAUUUCCUCCAGGUUCCAUUAGAAAGGAAUUUGGUGUUGACAAGUAUUAUAAGUAAAUUAGCUUGUAUGCUAGACGAGAAAAUUGAUUGGUUAUUGUAUGGAGAUUUUGACAAUAGCUAUUCAUCAAGCGAAUCUGGCCAAAAAAGUUUGAUCAAUAUAUUAGAGAAGAUAACAAUUGAAGCGAAAGUUGGUGCAUCGAAUGUACCAAAUUUUCAAACUCGUUUAAAAUUGGUUAAAUGUAGAGGUAUGAAAAAUACGAGAAGAUUAUCUUACGGCAACACCAGUAGCUCAAGGUCAUCAUCCGAUCUUGGCAGUCCUAUAUCCCCUGUGACCGAUUCACUUGCAUCUCCGAUAUAUAAAGAUAUACAUAUAAACCCUUUCGCUAAAAUUACCAAUUUUGUUAACGCAUUUAUCAUAUUACAAGAGUUCUGUAAAGAAUUGGCCGCUAUUAUAUUUGUUAAAUAUAUGGAUUUAGAUCAAGGGGUGAUGAUUAUUGAAGAGGAGGACCUUAAUAAUUCGCAAGGUGAAAAUAAUAACAAUGAUGAUCAUGUUAGUAAUACUACCACAUGUGCUGAAAUUAUAACUGAAAAAGAGAUCAUAUUAAUGAGAAAUAGGGAGAAAUUCGCUAGACUGGUUGCAUUAGCCGAACGACAACAAGAAAUAAAUUGUUCAAAUGAUGGUAAUAGUAAAGAUUGGUAUCGUGGUAGGAGGAGAAGUAAUACAAUUGGUCACAUCUAUAAAAAUAUCGGUGAUGAAACGAAAGGGGGAACCGAAGAUGAUAAUAACUCUAUCAUCACCCGACAAUGGAGUUUAAGGGAGCGAAAGGAAAAGAGGAUGACUCAUGAUAUCAUUACUAUAAGUCCAUUAACACUUACGAACAAUAACGUCUCACAUGGUUCACCUUUACAUGUUGGUGUAGUUAGGAAAGGAUCUUUGUCUAGGAUGAAAGGGUUGACUAAAAAAGGUUCCUUAAAUAAAUCAAAAGGAGAAUCUCAAAGUGCGCUAACAAAAGGAAAUUAA